AUGCGUGGAUGCUGUGGGAGAGAGCCGACCAGAACAUAUUAUAUUCUGGACACAGACCUCGACAGAGGCAGCAACUCGUCAUCGGUUAUAUCAGUGCAGGAGGAAAGAGCAGUGCGACAGAGUCCAGUGGCAACCCACGCCUGCGUUAUGAUUUUGUGGCCAUUUUAUAACUAACAACAUUCCAGCGGCGCCGACAACUGAGCCAGAGUCCCCAGUUCAGUUCUCCAUCGAGAGUUCCCAUCCCAGUUUUAAGACCCUGUCCACGGGGCCACACACAUCGAUGGUUUAGCCGAUGACGAUGAUGAUGACCGCUCUUUGCCCCAGGAAGGAGGAAGGAGUUGGGGCGAAGUGCACUGGAAACGCCGUCUGGUGACA